AAACGACCUAAGCUUCUUGAUCCAAAUGCACCGAAACGACCGGCCAAUGCAUUUAUGCUUUUCUGUGACCUUCAACGAGAAAAUCUCAAAGAAGAACGAAAAGAGCUACAAAAGAAUAUGCCAGGAAGUGAGCAAGAAAUAGCACUGAGUAAUCUGACCAAGGCUCUGGGACAUCGAUGGCGGGGACUAACAGAAUCUGAACGUAAAUACUAUCAAAAUUUAUUUAAAGAGCAAGUCAAGCAAUAUGAUCUAGAACUGAGCAACUAU